UUGUGAUUAAAUUAUUGGGAGUCAAAAGCAGUGUUGCGGACAUUAUAUUUUUUCAAUUGACUUGAUGAGGUAGGCCUACUCCAGAGUGAUGUCAGUAGGCUCUCUGACAGGUGCAGGCCAGGGUGACCUCGCGUAUCCGUUCCUCUAACGUCAAAGGGCCUCAUGUCAGUGGAAACCAUGUGGGAGCCUGGAGUCUAAACUCACUGAGGGGAAAACCACACUCCCACCCUCUCGAUGGUAAACAACAAGCCAGGCACAAUAUUUCAGGCAGCCUGCUCUGACGAAUAACGUGCCAGGGAGACUCUUCUUUUGAGCCCCACGUGUGUGCGUUCGUGCAUGAUUGAUUAUGAAAAAGCAGUGCACAGUUCAGUGAUAUGUUACAGUAUGUCUGCAUUGUGUGUAGCCUACGAGUUGAUGAGUUUGUAUGCUCAGAGAGGUAUUAAAAAAGAAACCUAUAUGUUUCAUCCUGGGGCCUAUAUUUCUUGAUCAAAAUCUUCAACUUCGACAUUAACAAACGAAAUAGAUGAAGUGGUGAGUUAAAGCGCUUGACCCAUUCAAUUGUGGGGCCCAAGGGGAGAGUCUGGUAUGAGCUAUCAUUUUGUCCCUACUAAAAGUUUCACCUAAUAAUGUCUAAAACUAGGACACAUGCCGGUUGAAAUACCACAUUUUAACCACCAAGUGUUGCUUCGUGACACGUGAUCAACCAUUUGGCUGACCUGACAUACUUUCAAAUUCACACUAUGAAAAAAAAAAACCUCACAGCACACAUGAAUGUACACACAAAUUCACGAAAGAGGGAGUGAGAGGGGGGCAGGGUGGUUUCAAUUUCCAUUGCAAAUGGCCUAUGCAUCACUCUGCAGUAGAAAACCUGUUGCCCUGUCCCCUAAAAACUCAUGUCAUGACCCCAUGAACAGACAGGCGAAACAAUGUCUGUGAUUGCCUGUAUGUAGGGGACAGGACUAUUACAACAUCUCCCUAGUGCACAAAACACAAAAACAUUAUAUGAUGAUGGCUGUUGGAGCUACAUUAGUUUGCUUUCAGUAGUGUUCAUUUUAUUAAGCAAUUUGUUUAUUAUUAUGAUUUUGCUCACAUUAGUUAUAUAUAUUUUAGUAAUAUUAAUAGCUACUCUCUACAUGACAUGCACAUUCAUGCAGAAGCACAGACACAGACACACCAGUAACAGUCUGCUGUAUGGCAGGUGUGUGAUAUGGCACACACACACACACACACACACACACCAGUAACAUUCUGCUGUGUGGCAGGUGUGUAAUAUGGCACAUGCACACACACACACACCAGUAACAUUCUGCUGUGUGGCAGGUGUGUGAUAUGGCACAUGCACACACACACACACACACACACACACACACACAUACACCAGUAACAUUCUGCUGUGUGGCAGGUGUGUGAUAUGGCACAUGCACACACACACACACACACACCAGUAACAGUCUGCUGUGUGGCAGGUGUGUGAUAUGGCACAUGUGCACACACACACACAUUUUAGAUACUUUAUUCAAUUCCACAUUACAAGUAAAUUUUCAUUAGGAAUCAAAUGUUUUGAAUGAUCAAACAGAUUAAACCACAUCAGUGCCUUGUUAUGUAUGACAAUACAAUCUCAGGGGUACAGAAAACAUCUCCUUUUCCAAGUAAACAUGCUUCCUAUAAUGGCUGAAAUCGAGCAGUACUUUACCAGCUGUUUGGCGCAUGGUGUUUGUAAAUUGCUCCGCUUUGUAUUGCCUGCUAAGAGGCAACUUGGAUGGAUGUUAUCAAACACAUAACAAUGAGUGCUGUGCGUAAAAUCAUGUCGGAAAAUUCUCUACAUUAACGGCGGCAGUUACGACGGGGUGUUUGUUUGGCCUAGUGUGGCAUAGGGAGGUCAGACUGGCGUGCGCUCCGCUCAGCCGCCAUGACACACACACACACACACAUACACCAGUAACAGUCUGCUGUGUGGCAGGUGUGUGGCAUGGCGCGUAGCUGGAGGGGGGGGCCAGAGAAUGUAUUGGUGGUGGGGCUGCUGAUGCUGCUCCGUUCCCAUGUUCUCACUGGAGAAAAGAUAUUCAACAUCGUGGCUGGCCAUGCGAUGCUGCUGGUCUGCCCUGGGGCUGAGGGGUACAAUGUGACGUGGAGGCGGGAGGACGCACCACCGCUGGACGCACUUCCCGGGAUGGAGCUCAGGGACAACGCUCUGUGGUUCCUACCUGCUCGACCCGAACACAGCGGAGUAUAUGUGUGCAGUGUUGAGUAUGCCAUUAAGAUAAGGCUCAACGUGGGCAGCCAGCCUUGUCCUGAGGCAGAUCGUGACGUCGAUGAGAGACUGCACACACACGCUUGGCUAAACUGUGCGAUGGGCCACAUCUCCAGGGUGUUCACGCCCACCUCCAUCACCUGGAUGAAGGAGUGUAAGUGUGUGGAGAGAGCAGACAGUAUGGAUCUGGAGUUUCUACAAUUGAAACAGACAGAUGCAGGAAAUUACACCUGUGUACUAAACUUCACCUACGAGGGCAACAACUACACAUCCGCCCGCACCACCCAGCUCGUUCUUCAAGAGAUUUACGAACCGAAGAAACCGCUGAUUAAAGUCCCGGUUAACGAGACACGAGUGGUGGACAUGGGUUCUCGGCAAGACUUGCGUUGUGAGGCCACUAGCGAUGAAGAGGAUGUUACUAAGAUAUGGUGGCAAGUGAAUGGGACUUUCAUCAUGUAUCCUGACUCAGACUUCAACAUCAGUAAAGUAGACUUCAGAAAAACAAAUGUGAACACUCUGACCAUCUACAAGGUUCAACCAAAGUUUCUCAACGUCCCAUUCGUUUGCACUGCUCAAAAUAACAUGGGCGAUGUCAAAAGUACAGUAGUGCUUGUGCAAGCCAAUCACAGACACUUUUACUGGCUGAUUGCGUUGGUGUGUCUCAGUGGACUGGUGAUGGUGUGUCUGCUGCUUUGCUGGUUCUUCAAAGUGGACCUAGUGUUGUUCUACCGCAGCCACUGCAUUGGACGGCCCAAACACAGUGAUGGUAAGCAAUAUGAUGCAUAUGUUAGUUACCCUUGUGAGGGACAGGGUGAUUCCAUGGCAUUGACCUUUGCUCUCCGGGUUCUUCCUGAGGUUUUGGAGAAUAAGCACGGCUACAAGCUGUUCAUCAGAGGCCGGGAUGACAAUCCAGGCGAUGAGGUGUUUGAUGUGAUUGAGGAUGCUCUGAAGAGAAGCCGCAGGUUUAUCAUAGUGCUGGAUGAAACCCAGACUGACACUAACACGGGUGCGGAGACCAAGGCCAACACACAUGUGCAAACGGCCACCCACACAGAAACACGCAUAAGCCUGUUGGCGCAACCAGCCACUCGCACAGAGACACCCAUGCUGCUGGACGCACACACACACGCAGACGCCCACCUGGUGCCCUGGGCAGUGGGCAGUGAGCACUUCGAGUGGAGCGUGGGGGUCUACGAGGCCCUGAUAUGCUCGGGGCCCAAAGUCAUCAUCGUCCAGACGGGCGAGAGUUCCACAGGAAACAGCCUCCCACUGUCGCUCCAAACUCACACACACUCCAAACGAACGCUUCGCUGGACCAAACAUACACAAGCAUACUCCAAUAGAAGAUUCUGGAAGGAGAUGAGAUACCUGAUGCCAGUUGCCCAGAGACCUAGUCACAACACAUCCAGUGCAUGAGAAGAACAGGCGUAGUCACAACACAUAGGCAGUAUUUAUGAUGCAUGUAUUUAAAUUCAAAAUAGUAUUUUGUCAUUUGUACUUUAUUAGGUUGAAGAAAAAGGCUGCAUAUUUUGUAUCAAAAUACUUUAUAGGCAUUUGUCACAAUCAAGACUGUAAGAAAUGUAUCCAGAGGUUGAUGACACCCAUUUCAAGUGCGGAGUUACUCCCUGCCAUCUUAGUAAUGUUUGGAAUUCCAUCAAUAUCCUUUCAGACAUUCUGCUAGUAUAAUUAGAGUCAUGCCCUCUACUAGCUAUGUUUGGUAUGAUCAACCACAACCACUUUUUACUUUAUAAAUCAGUUUUUUUUCUCUUUC